AUGAUUGUUAUGAGAAGCUGCAAAGAAAUAAAGGACGAUCCGAAUCCCUCCCAGUCCUUCCUCUCCCCAGCUGCUGACGGCCUGCCCUGUCUGCUGCUGCUGCCUCUGCUGCUGCCUCUGCUGCUGCCUCUGCUGCUGCCUCUGCUGGGGGAAGAGUUGGGGAGAGACGAAGAGGGACAAGACCCGGGGAGGGGGGAGGAAGUGCGUGUGCUGCUCCCAAAAAAACUGGAAAGGACGCUCCCGAAAGUCGCCUCGCAGCUCAUCCACAACCCGAGCAACCCCCGAUCGAAGAGCAAACAACACAUUGGAGACCCAUAA